AUGGGUCCUCGUCCGGUUCCAACUGUCUGCUCGAAGACCUACCGAACUCCUCGCCGUGCCUAUGGCGCUGCUCGAUUGGAUGCCGAGCUGAAACUCAUCGGAGAGUACGGUUUGAAGAAUAAACGCGAGGUUUGGCGUGUCCAAUACACACUCUCCAAGAUCCGUCGUGCUGCUCGAGUUCUGCUCACUCUGGACGAAAAAGAUCCGAAACGUCUGUUUGAGGGUAACGCGCUGAUCCGCCGACUUGUCCGUCUCGGUGUCUUGGACGAAUCUCGCAUGAAACUGGAUUAUGUCCUUUCCCUGCGCACCGAAGACUUCCUUGACCGUCGCUUGCAGACGGUUAUCUUCCGCCUGGGGCUUGCCCGAUCCAUUCACCACGCGCGCGUUCUGAUCCGGCAGAAGCAUAUCCGGGUCGGCAAACAACUGGUCAAUGUUCCGUCUUUUCUUGUCCAGCUCGACUCGCAAAAGCACAUUGAUUUUACCCUCAAGUCUCCCUUGGGCGGAGGACGGCCUGGGCGCGUGGCGAGAAAGAAGGCGAAGACUAUGGAGGGCCUGGAUGGGGAAGGAGAUGAGGAAGGAGAUCAGUAG